CCCACGUCAUCGCGCCAAAUUAAAAACGCUUUGCUGUUCCUUCCACAAAGACGCGACUCCGUUAAUAUACGCAUAGCUAGCUUCCUACUGAGCUCAUAUCAGUUUUGUUUUAAAAUAUUUUCCUCCCCCACGUUGUCCGGCGUCACGUCCCCGGAUUCACCAGGAAUGUCGGGCCAGUAUGAUUUAAAAAUAGCAUCAUCUGCUUCCCUCUCUGACAGUCAGUUCUAGGGACUCUCUCGCAAGCGGCAGUAUUGCGGGCUAGAAGCAGGAAUGCGAAGAUGGCUGCAGACCUAGGAGAGCUGCUGGUCCCCUACAUGCCCACCAUCCGAGUUCCCAGAACGGGAGACAGGGUUUUCAAGAGUGAAUGUGCCUUUUCCUACGAUUCCCCAGAGUCCGAUGGCGGGCUGUACGUCUGCAUGAACACGUUCCUGGGCUUCGGACGAGAGCAUGUCGAGAGGCAUUACCGCAAGACUGGGCAGAGUGUUUUCAUGCAUCUUAAACGCACAGUUAAAGAGAAAGCCACAGGCGCUGCCGGUGGCGCCGUGCCAAGAAGAAAAAAUGGGAAAAUCUUUCUAGAUCUCGAGCUUAACCGCGAUUUUAACGGCGACGAUUACGAGUACGAGGACGAGGUCAAGCUCGUCAUUUUCCCCGACCACUUCGAGAUCCCCUUGCCAAAUAUUGAGGAGUUGCCUGCACUGGUGACGAUAGCGUGCGACGCGGUGCUCAACGCCACCUGCGCCUACAGGAAGACCGAGUCCGACUCCUGGGAGGAGGAGGUCCAGGUGUCCCGGCACGCCAGGAGCCUCCGACAGACGGACAACGGCGUGCGAAUCCCCCCCAGCGGGUGGAAGUGCUCCAAGUGCGAGAUGCGGGAGAACCUGUGGCUCAACCUGUCGGACGGAGCGGUGCUUUGUGGGAAGUGGUUUUUCGACGGCAGUGGCGGCAACGGACACGCCCUUCAGCAUUACCGGGAGACCAACUUCCCCCUGGCGGUCAGACUGGGCACCAUCACACCGGAUGGAGCCGACGUUUAUUCGUUUGAGGAAGAGCAGGCUGUACUGGACCCACAUUUAGCGGAUCACCUGGCUCACUUUGGGAUAAAUAUGCUGCAGAUGCAGAAGCCGAUCGAGAACGGACACACGGACAACGAGGUCCGGCCGCGGGUCAGCGAGUGGGAGGUGAUCCAGGAGUCGGGCCUCAAGCUGAAGACCGUGUUCGGGUCGGGCUACACCGGCAUCCGGAGCCUGGGCAACAGCUGCUACCUGAGCACCACCAUGCAGGUCCUCUUCAGCAUCCCAGAGUUCCAGAGGGCGUAUGUGGGGAAUCUUCAGAGGAUAUUUGACUACUCGCCUCUCGACCCAACGCAGGACUUUGCCACGCAGAUGGCGAAACUGGGUCAGGGGCUCCUGUCGGGCCAGCACUCCAAACCCCCGGGAAAAUCCGAGCUCAUCGAACAGGUGAUGACGGAAGAGCGGAAGGUGGCCUGGCACCAGCCGAAGGGAAUCUCUCCGCGGAUGUUCAAGGCCCUGGUCAGCAGGGGGCACCCCGAGUUCUCCUCCAGCCGGCAGCAGGACGCGCACGAGUUCUUCCUGCACAUGCUGAACCUGGUGGAGAGGAACAGCGUGGGGUCGGAGAACCCCAGCGACGUGUUCCGCUUCCUGGUGGAGGAGCGGGUGCAGUGCUGUCAGUCGCGCAAGGUGCGCUACACGCAGCGGGUGGACUACCUCAUGCAGCUGCCCGUGCCCGUCGAGGCCGCCACCAACCGAGAGGAGCUGAUGGCGUACGAGGCGAAGCGGCUGGAGGCUGAGGAGGGCGGCCAGACCCCUCCGGAGCCCAUCAGGGCGCGCAUCCCCUUCACCGCCUGCCUGCAGGCCUUCACUGAGCCCGAUAACGUGGCGGACUUCUGGAGCUCCGCGCUGCAGGCCAAAUCCGCCGGAGUGAAGACGUCCCGGUUUGCCUCGUUCCCCGAGUACUUGGUUCUACAGAUCAAGAAGUUCACAUUUGGGGUGGACUGGGUCCCCAAGAAAUUAGACGUGUCCAUUGACGUGCCGGACUUCCUGGACCUGUCCCGGCUCCGGGCCUCGGGCCUGCAGGCCGGGGAGGAGGAGCUUCCUGACCUCACGCCCCCCAUCGUCAUUCCCGAGGACACCAGAGAUAGCUCAAUGAACAGUUCUAUGGACUCUCCAGAAAUAGACGAGGCGUCCGUGAUGCAGCUGGCCGAGAUGGGGUUCCCGCUGGAGGCCUGCAGGAAGGCGGUGUACUACACCGGGAACAUGGGCCCCGAGAUGGCCUUCAACUGGAUCAUAGCCCACAUGGAGGAGCCAGACUUUGCGGAGCCGCUGGCCACGCCCUCUGCCUCGGUGGCCACUCCCUCCAGCCCCGGCGGAGCUCCGCCCCCAGCCCUGGACAACCAGCCGCCCGAGGAGAGCGUCUCCAUCCUCAUAUCCAUGGGGUUCCCACGGCAACAGAGCAUCCAGGCCCUCAAAUGCACCAACAAUAACCUGGAGCGGGCCCUGGAGUGGAUCUUCACCCACCCGGACAGCGGGGAGGGGAGCGAGGCCGCGUCCGACAUGGCCGACACGGAGCCCAACGACAACGCCGUCUCCACCGGCAACGCCCACAGCGACUCCACGCUGUCCCCCGACCUGGACCCCCUCGGACCCCGGAUCAGAGACGGGCCCGGCCGUUACGAGCUGUUCGCCUUCAUCAGCCACAUGGGGGAAUCAACCAUGUCCGGUCAUUACGUCUGCCACAUUAAGAAAGAGGGGAGAUGGGUGAUCUUCAAUGACCAUAAAGUCUGUCUGUCGGAAAGACCUCCAAAAGACUUGGGCUACAUCUACUUUUAUCACCGACUGUCACGCAGUUAGGCUCCAACUGCCAGCCCACCUCCAGGAAUCUGCAGUCUCCGAGCAACGAGGAGGAACCGAUGAAAAUAUCCAACACCAGCCCAGCAAAGAGGAGAAGAGCCUGUGAGGUCAUGCAGGAUGCCGCUCGAUUGGCUAGAAUAUGAAGCUUGGUCAAAGAGGGGUAAAAAAGUUGUGUAAUUCGUUUUUUGUAUUAUUUGUCAAAGGUAGAGAUACUGGGGAGAUGUGUGCAAUUUUAGUUGCUGAAAUACAGAGCUUAAUAUAUAUGGUAGUGCAUAUCAGAUUUAUUAUUAUUAUUAUUAUUAUUAUUAUUAAUUUUUAUUUUUAUUUUAUUUUUUUAACCCCAUUUUAUUUUCUAUGCAUUCAGCUUUUCUUUCAAAGAUGUCAUAGUUGAGCCUUAAUUUUCUACAUUAUGGGAUGUGCUGGUGAGAAUGGGAUGCACCGUGACCAGUUUUGCCGUUCUGUGUCACGCCCUAAACUGGAAGCGUUGAACAGCAGAUUAUUUUCUAAAUGUAUUUUACAAACGCUCUUAUCCAGUGUGAAUUUUGCGGCUUGCAUUUUUAUGACUUUUUAUUUUAUUUUAUUUUUUUUACAUACAAACUGUUCACACAGCUGGAUAUUUGGAUAUUUACCAAAGCUAUUCAGGGUUAAGUAACCUCGCUCAAGGAUACACAGUGACAGUGGCACUGCCCCAGCCGGGGUUCAAACCUGCAACCUCAGAGCUGCAGGCCCACUUCCCUAACGGCUCUGUAACACUGCCAUCCCUCCCUGUGAUACUGCCACGCCCCCUCCCCCUGCCACGCCCCCCCUUCCCCCGCAACGGGGUUCAGUGCCAAGGCAACACUUUGACUGACAGAUGGCACUAAACGGCAGCAGUGCCUUUGAAUACGCUGCGUUGACCUUCUGUUGCGGUGCACGGGGUAGGCGACAAAUCAAUACAGCACAUCUGUUGGGUUUGCAGAGGAUUCUGGGUAAUCUUGGGUUAACAAGCGUCACGGCAUUGCUUUUCGAUUCUUGAUUUCUGAAAUGACCCACGCCGCUCAAGUUAAAUAUGAUUGAGCGCGUUCCCGAAGACGCCCGACAGACGGAUCACUGAGGAUGAAGUCCGUUGCAUAAACAGCCAUAUUGGGAAAAAGUAAAAUGUCCCUGCUAGCGUGGAGGAAUGGGGGUUGGACAGACCAAAUGUCUCUCUGAGUGGUCAAGUGACUUGCUCUUGUUGACGGCGUGCUAGUUUUGAGGGAAAACAGAAAAGCAGGAUAGAUAGAAAAGUAGAGAACCUCCAUCUCAGCCUGAGCAGAUGCCUGCAUAGCAACCGUUUUUGACAGGAAUCCAAUUUUUGUUUUACGUGAAAAGCUUUUAUUAUUUUUUAUUUUAUUUUUGCUUUUAUUUAUUUUAUGCUAUGAGCAGGAAUUGCACACAUUGCCUUGACCCUUGUUAUGUUUUACUUUUUUGUUUUCUUGUUCCUGAUGAAUGUGGCAAAAGUCUGUUGAAAGAAUGCAGAGGUACAAACCAAAAAUGUAUCAACUGUCCAGUUUCCUUUUCAAAAUGCUUACUUUAUGUAUUCCAAAACAGCAUUCAGAAGAAAAGCUGAGUUAGCUUUUGUGCGUUUUGACACAACAGUAUGAUAUACACAGUAUAUAAAAUUAUGCACAGACAUACUGACGUAUUGUAGUGUAAGCCCUCUGGAGUGGGGAAACACAAAAAUAUAUUUUAUUUUGUGGGAAUUUCAGGCUGGGGCUUUCUGUUUGGUCUACACAUUUGUAUUGGGGGGGGGGGACCUGGUAGCAUUUCAUACUCAUUUCGGUAAUUUGAUUUAUAAUUCACUUUGCCACGAAGUGCGGUCAAAUAUCACUGUCUGAAGAAUACAGUGAGUGAGACGGAUUUGGAUCCUGUCACUCACAGUAUAGUUAUGGACUCAAUUAGGCACGAUAUUUACAAGUGGCCGUUUUGCCCCUUUCCUCGCUGUAAUGUCGCGGGUGGAGCGUGAAGGCACAACAGGUCCACUCUAAACAGGGUCACUCACGCCACAAAUUAAUUAAAGCAGAAAUUACAGGUCCUUUUUAGAAAGGUGGCAAAAGGAAAUAAAUUCCCUGUCUGAGGUACGCGCAGUGUUAGUUUUCGGCAAAGCCAGGGUUUCAGCGAGUGUUUUAAGUUUUCCGACGCAGCGAGUUUGAUCAUCUCCACAAGCCUAACGGAACGGAAUAUAUUUUACCCGCAUUCGUUUACUGCACAGCGAUUCCAGAAUUCCUACAGCAAUACGUCAUAGACUCAAGAAAAACAGAUUGUUCUCUUGUGCGGGAAAUAAUAUGCAUUUUCAUUGUUGAAAACUGUGGUUGUUUGCGGUUCAACGAUAACCUGUGAUAAAACGCGUAAUUGAAUGUACUCCAUACGGUGUUCGCUGUUACCAAGCCUUAUCUGCAGAUUUAACACUCAGUGAAUCAUUUACAGUGUUGAAGAAAAUAACUUUCUUCUCUGAUUAAAAACGUUUCAUGCAAAAUAAAUGUUUUGGGCACAACUCAAAAAAGGCAUUUUGCUCAAAAAAGAAAAAGGAAAAAAAUGGUGUAAUGUCACGAGCACAACUGGCGUGUUGCUUAACGGAAGACAGAACUCCAUUUACCAUUUGCUAUUUUCUUCCCGGUUAUGCGUUAUAAUGGAGCCACCGUGUCUAAAAACUGCAUUUUGAAAUCCCCAGGUGUAGUAGGAAGCAUUGAUAAAGCGCGCGGUGUACAUUAAAUUCUCUUGCACUCUGAAGGGUUCAACAAUUUCAAGAAUGUCUCGGUAUUGAAAACUUGAAAUUACCUUGCCGUGCUUGUUCAAAACAAAUCCGAUUACUUAUACAGUACAACGAUGCAAUUCACAUAUCAAAAAUGAAACUUUAUUUCUUUUUUUCUUUCUUUCUUUUGUACGAAUCUUAAAAUGUCUGUAACACAUCUGAUGUGUUGAACAAAGCAUAGUCCCUUUAUUUUCAUUUAAAACCAAAUCAGUGUUGGUCACGUUAACUUGAUGACUCUUGCUGCGGUAAUCUUGUCUAUGCAGUUCAGUGACAGUUACGCUGCUUCCUAUGCAACUCACCCUGUUCUUUCCCUCUUCCUCCUUGACUGAGGUUUCUUGUCGACCUUUGACCUUUAUACCCUCUGUUUUCAUUUCUUGCUCUUCUGACUUUCUGGGUUUCUUCCUGCUUUCUUGCAGUGGCUGUAACAUUGUUGAUCUUGGGGAGGGUGGUUCUGUUAUAUCCCAGCCCCCACCCCCGUAAUAUACUAUAAAGGUAUUACAGUUAAACUUCCGGUUACAUCUUAUGCCAUCAGCAUGUGCACUAAAGGUUGACAUCCGUCGUUUUGUAAUUGUACAAUGGAAUGUUUGCGGGUGUGCGCGUGCGUGUGUUUGUGUGUGCGUGGUUUUUUUUUUCAUUGAAUUGAACAACAAAAAUGAUACGUCACCUUGUUUUUAUUUAAUUAAAAAAAAUUUUUUUUUUGCAAAAAAAUAUUGUGCCAAUCCUGUAGUUUUAUUUUCAUACAGUUUCUCUUCAUCGGUUAAUUAUAGUUUUAGUUUUUUCAAAAAUCUACUUCAGUCUGCCUUUCUCAGAACUACUGAAAUGUACGUGCUGUCUUUCAGUCCUGGUAUCGAUCAAAAUAUAAUAUCCUGCAAUCAUCCGCAAUAUGUAGUGGGUUUUCCGUCUUUUGUCAUGGUUACUCUUUCAGUGAAGAAGAAUGUUUAUGUGGAAACCUUCAAGGUACAAACAAAUCCACCGGUGCUGCUUACUUGUAAUGUUGGGAUGGUUCAAUAAACAACACAUUUGUUGACGUUCUUUA